GGUUCUGGCUGAUGAUGAGCGGAUAAAAGGUGAAGCCGACGCUGCGUCUCCAUCUGCGACAGCUUCGUCCUCCUCCUACAGCGGACAUGACACGCGCCGGCCUGCUGGUGGUCUCACUUCUGCUCCUGGAGCUGCGCUCUGGAGCCCGCGCUGCUCCCAUCUGUCACCAUGGAAACGGCAGCUGUCAGGUCCCGUCGCUGACAGACCUGUUCGACAGGGUCAACCUGCAGUCGUCCAGGAUCCACCACAUCUCCAACGACCUUCGCUCUCAGUUUGAGCAGCAUUUCCCGCCGCACAAGAACCUGAUCUGGAGGUGGAAGUGUCACACACACGACAUCGUGACGCCGCGGGACAAAGAGGACGCGCAGACGCUCGGGCGCGAGCAGCUGAUGGAGGUGGUCCUGAGGCUGCUGGCGGCCUGGGAGGACCCGCUCUGGCAGCUGCACCGGGCUCUGUCUCAGAGCCGGCACCAGAACCAGGUCAGCUCCGUCAAGGCGCUGCAGAUGGCCGACAUGGUCCAGGAGCUGAGGGGCGGAGUCACCAGGAUGGCGGAGAGAAUGAAGCUUCUGGGCGCGCUCAGUAACACGGUGGGACCACUCCUCCCUCCAUCCUCUUCCUCCUUCUACCAGCAAGGAGAGCGGCACAACGACCUGCUCUUCUGUUUCCGCCGCGACGCCAACAAGGUCCAAAACUACCUGCGGAUGCUCAAGUGCAGCUCGCUGCCUGAGCAAGACUGCUGA